GUCAAAAAGUCAAGCCAGUCGCCAUCUUGUUUUGAGUUGCUUUUUCCUUUAUGAAAACUGCGCACAGCUGCAUGACAUCGAUUUUAAAUUGAAGAAAUUAUACUGAUAACUGUGAUAUAUUUGUAGUUAAGUGUAUUGAUAAACAUUAGUGUAAAAAAUUGUUUCUUAAGUUUCAUUUGGAAGUAAGCUACACACAAUGGGCAGAAAAAAGAAGAAGGCGUCUAAACCGUGGUGCUGGUAUUGCAAUAGGGAGUUUGACGACGAAAAGAUUUUGAUUCAACAUCAAAAGGCGAAACAUUUCAAAUGCCACAUUUGUCACAAGAAGCUGUACACUGGCCCAGGACUGUCUAUACACUGCAUGCAGGUUCACAAAGAAGCCAUAGAUAAAGUCCCCAACUCAUUACCAAAUAGGUCAAAUAUUGAAAUAGAAAUCUAUGGUAUGGAAGGUAUUCCACCUGAAGAUGUGAAGGAGCAUGAAAAGCAGAAAUCAGGUGGGGGCAAGGGCUCGGACAGUGAAGAUGAUGAACCUGCAGCAAAGAAAAAAGCUACACCAGCCUUGCUUGGAGCUGGUCCAUCGUCCGUGAACCCCGGCAUACUGCCCACUCCGAUGGGCCCCGUGCCACCAGGGAUGUAUGGGCCUAUGCCCAUGAACCCCAUGAUGCCCUCAUUUAUGCAGGCACCUAGGAUGAUGAUGCCCGGAAUGCGGCCCCUGUUCCCAGCAGCCAGCAUACCCACGUCGAAUCCAAACAAGCCUACUUUCCCUGCGUAUAGCAACGCGACAAUCAGCGCGCCGCCCACGACGUCGUCGGCGGGCGGCGCGGCGGGCGGCGCGGAGCCCCGCGAGAACGGCGAGGCGGCGGGCGGCGAGGCGGGCGCGCUGGUGCCGGCCGCGGGCGCGGGCUCCCGCAUCGUGCACCCGCCCGAGGACGUCUCGCUCGAGGAGAUGCGCGCCAGGAACGCCAGAUAUCGUCCCAAACCGAAACCAGAUGCUCCGCAUAGUCAACCUCAAGCAGCCCCAGUUAUGAUCACUCCCAGCACGAGCCAAGCGGAGUCGUACUUGUCGCAGGUGGCGGCGCACAUGUCCGCCGCGGUGGCGGCCGCGCGCCAGCAGGCGGCCAUGCGGCGGCCCAUGCUGCCGCCGGUCAUGAUGCAGCCUGUAAGAGUGGGGGUGCCCGUCUCCAUGCCGCCUGUAAUGGGCAUGUUGCCCGUCAUGCCGCAGUUCAACCUCAUGCGCCCCAUACAACCCGGGAUGCUGCUGCCGGGCGGCGUGGUGCCGAUGGGCGCCGUGUUCCCGGGCGGCGUGCCCGGGCUGCCGGUCAUGCAGCCGCGCUUCCGGUAGCCGGCAGGUAAGCGGACAGGUGACCGCGGUCGCCCGCUGGGGUUGGGCCGGCAGUUCCCUGCGGACCGCAGGCGACGCCCGAGUCACAACUUGCGUUGUUGGAUUACCGGCCCCCUGUCCCCGCGAUUGCUACUAUCUAUCUAUCACCGGCUCUCACAUAGACUGUCGACGGCAGACUUAGUAGUGAAUUAAUUAAUUUCUGGUGUUAAGAUGUGUGUAAGGAUAAUUUAAAUAGACGAGUUAAUGUUAUCAUCUGCCUUGAAUUUUUCUUAAGCAUUUCCACAUGAAGUUGUGACGUUUGCCUACUCUUGUAGAUUUUGACUAUUUUACUCAAUAAACGCUGUGGACUUGAGA